UGAUGUAGUAAGGGAAAUCCAAUACCGUGGCCGAAGUGUAUCGCACUGAUAGCAUCAGCAUAGCAUCGUGCCAUGAAAUAGAGAAAUUGAAAUAGCUGUGGUGAGAUGAGGAAUUCAUUGAAUUGGGAUGAGCUUAGAGGGAGGAUUUUCAACAUCAACAUCCUUAGUGUGGCAGCUGAUCACAUCAGUCAUUUAGCAUGAGCGGGAUUCCGGACAAGUCAUGGCAACCGCCCACUGUCAAGAUGCAAACCACGAUGGGGGAAAUCGUGAUAGAGCUGUAUUGGGAACACGCGCCAAACACAUGUCGAAACUUUGCGGAGCUGUCAAGAAGGGGAUAUUAUAAUGGUUGCAAGUUUCAUCGGAUCAUCAAGGAUUUCAUGAUCCAAGGUGGAGAUCCCACGAGUACGGGCCGAGGCGGCGCUUCGAUUUACGGCAACUCGUUCAAGGAUGAGAUAUCCCCGGAGCUGAAGCACACGGGCGCCGGCAUAUUAUCCAUGGCGAACUCGGGCCCCGACACUAACGGAAGUCAGUUCUUCAUCACACUGGCGCCCACGCAGUGGCUGGAUGGGAAACACGCCAUCUUUGGCCGCGUUCAGUCCGGCAUGGACGUGGUGAAGCGGAUGGGGAUGGUGGAGACCGACUCCGGCGACCGGCCCGUCGACGACGUCCGGAUCAGCCGGGCAGAAGUGAAGGCGUGGUAGUGUCCGCUGCUCACCCUGAAUCGCACCUCAUCGGCCGAUAACACUGGCAUUGUUCACAUACAUGGUUCAUGAAUACAUUACAUAUAUUGGACUUUU